AUGUCGAAGAAGGCUGCACCGAGCCCAUCAAUGGCUGCUGACAACUUGCGGAAGAACCAGAAGAACCCGAACCAUCCGGCGUACUGGCAAUCCCGAGGACAUGCAUCACGGCCAGCAGAUUUUCAACAGGUCAUUGAUCAGAGGCGCGAAGCAGGCCAACGCGAAGCCGAGCUCAACCGACGUGUCCAUGAGACCCGUGCCACAGCUUCAGCUAUCGGCCGAGACACACGUAAGGUCGAGGCGGCUGUGAAAGAGGCAUGUGGGCCGCAGGCGAGGGUGGAGAAGGGUGGCUCGCGCCACAAGCGCACGAACCUGGCCGGUUCCGACCUGGACUUGAAAGUGGUGUUGCUGGGGAACCAACCCAUGACAACGAAGGAUCGCGAGAAGCUAACAGGAUGCCUGGACGAGCGCUUUGGCAGUCAAUGUGUAGACACAUCAAAUCCACGUAUCCACAUCCUUGAAGGCGAGGCUUGCGCCAUCGACGUGGUGCCCGCGCAGUCUACGUAUGCCUCACAAGGCUUCCACGCUGGAUUGCCCAAGAACGGCUUUCAGCAGAAUGGAAAGGCCCAGAAGGCAGUGCGCGAAACGAAGCUUGAGGCCAUGAAGCAGGGCAUCAAGCUGCGGGGAUACGAUGUUGAAAAGGAGGUGCUUCAGCAGCAGCAGACACAUCCUGGAGAAGAGUGGUUUCAGACAUCGGCCAGCGCAUACCUCCAGACGAAGGUGGAGGAGAUGGUGGCUUUGCAGCCCGUGAUGCUCUUCUCCAAGUCGUGGUGCCCCUUCUGCACCAAGGCGAAGGAGGCGAUGAAGCAGCAGGGCAUUCGCUUUGCUACAUGUGAGUUGGACACCCUUGGUGAAGAAGUCGAGGCAGAGAUUCAAGACAUCUUGCUCGGAAUCACUGGAGCGCGGACGGUACCCCGCGUCUUCGUGGGUGGUAAAUGCAUUGGUGGAGGCACAGAUACCGAGAAGCUUGCCGCAGACGGCUCGUUGAAGACGAUGGUAGAUGAAGCCAUGGAAACCUACAAAGACAAAGUCACCGGUGCAGUCUCGUUCCAGCUCCAGAAGAGCGACGAGGAGUGGCAGUCGGAGCUCGGCACAGAGAAGUUCCGCAUCCUCCGCCGACGAGGCACCGAACGCCCUGGGUCACACAAGUACGACAAGUUCUUGCCAGAGGCUGGCCACUUCUCCUGCGCGGGCUGUGGCCUUCCGCUGUACUCCGCCUCCUCCAAAUUCGCAUCAACCUGCGGGUGGCCGGUGUUUGACAAAUGCUACUCCUCGGAGGAUCUUGGCCAGCAUGUGGUGGGGCAACCAGAUGGGAGCGGCGCGCUGGAGAUCGUGUGCACACGUUGCGGCUCCCACCUGGGACACGUCUUCUACGACAGCGUUACAGAGGAUCUGAAGGAGGAGAAGAUGAACAUCCUGCCGCAGUAG